GCCGCACUGUCGGACAAUGACGUUUGGGGAAGUGUCAAGCCCGAACCGACAUGUUUCGGCAAUUUUUCCAACAUUUCAUAACAAACCCGGGCCGUGUAGUGAAAAUGCUGUCCAGAAACUUUCGACCAAAUCUGUGGCUUCUGGGCCGCCAUGGCCACCGUGCUCUUGCAUCCCGGCCGCUUCCGAGCAAGGAGCACGAAUACACAAACUCCCCAGAAUAUCCACCCAUUCAAGAUUUAAGCUUCCCGGCCAAAAAGAAACGCGAACGUGAAUCAUGGCACCAGAAGAUUGCCAAACUAAGCUCGGUGGAGGAGAAGCUGUUCGAAAUCAACAUGCCCAAGUACUACGGAUACAAGAUGAACAUGCUGACUGAUGAAAAGUUCCCAUACAACAUUAAACCUUUCAUGCAGUACGCUACGAGAACGUGCUUCCAGACUGGGCUCCCGCAGUACUACGAUCCACUGAAGGAGGAAGCGGCAAAAAUUCUUGAAUCGAUACAGACCGAGCUGGAGGACACGAUCGCUUUGGAACUCUCGAACUACAGUCAUGUUAAGCGCGACGAAACUGUGUCUCCGGUGGAAAAGGAAGAAACAGUGGUACGAUCGCUGCUCGUACAGCUCAACCGAACUAUAACGAAUGCACUUGCGCCCAAGUUCAAUCAUUUGAAUGAGAUUGAAACCGAUGUCGAUCCUCGACAUGAAGCAUUCUGGUUCCUUGGUGGCAUUUAUCCCCCGAAUCUGGUGCGCAAGAUAAAGGAAGGAGUGGAAUGGCAGAAGCAGUAUGCCAAUGACCCGUAUGAUCGUAACAUCCAAUACGUUGGCAAGCCAUACAUGGCCCUGAGGCACAAGCUGCUGCUGGAGCCUUUGCUCCCGAAGGAUUUGGAAUCGUUUGAUGUAAAGCAAGAUGGCGCCGAAAUACCGGACUACCGAUACGAUCCACUGGCAUUGGGGUACAUCGCCGACUUCCGUCAUGCCACAACUGUGCCAGGAUUUUGGCCUGGAGAGCAGCACGAGUUUGGUUUGUUGUCUUUUCAACGGCGAAGCCACGCACUGAAUCGCCACAAGUAUUGUGCGGUUGAUGAUUUGAGCGAAGCUAUCGAUGCGCAAGGAAUUUUGUCCAGUUUCGCGUGGUUGUUGGGUCAGGCUUGCUACCAAGGGUUCUCAGUGUUCAACGAUGUAACGUAUCCGCUAACUACUCAGACGGUAAUAACCGAUGGCAAAUACUGGUCGUUCUAUGCCUAUCAGCUCAACACGACUCUUCUCCACUCGGAUCAAGUUGACGCUAACAGUCGGUACAACCUGUGCUGGGGAACGGAUGCGAUGCAACUGUACGAGUCGAUCGAUGAGAAUGGCAAAAUUAAUGGGCUCAACAAAGAAGUGCUUCAACAAAUAAUAAUGUUCUACAUUAAUCAACCGAAGGAACGUGCCGUGAAUCUGAAGCCAUACCUCUGCCCAACGGAGACGCGCGUUGCAGACAUUGAGGAUGAAAACCGACGGGUGUUUAUGGAACGAGCGUACAAGCACAUGGCAUCAAAUCGUCCCCGACACCGGCUAGUGCCGGAGGUAUAUCAAUGGGAAAAGAUAUACAAGAUCGAUAAUAAGACUCGUCCCAUGGAGCCAAAACGCAGACCAUUUGAGUUGGGUGAAAAUAUGUACAAUCGACGCAUGGACGAGCACGCACUUAAAUACAUUCCCCGUGCUGUGCGACCAGGUGGACCGAAGAGCAGGCCCAAGUUCGAAGCUACAUACUACCCUAACGUACGAAGACAGUAGCAGCGUCGAAUUUGUAGCAGCGCAUUAUUGAAUAAACAUCUUUAACACUACUAAACAGUGAUUUCGAAAAAAAAACGUUCAAUUGUAUUUUCCUUAGCAAAAUGUUUAUUGAAGUUUAAUAAUACGUUACUAACAGAUCAGCACAAGAAAGAAAAAAAUAUUGUGUAGUAGGUAAAAGGAUAAACACCGUUCGAUUUAAAUUAAAAACACCAUAUCAUCAUGAA